ACUCGUUUUAGUUUACAAACAAACGUGAAGCCUCAGACGAGUAAUGAGUCGGAGGAGUGACUUGAUGUUUGUGUAAGAGAAGUGAUAUGUUCUAAGAAAAAUCGUAAACUUAUCAUCAGAACGUUCACACUUGAAAUGAAGAUGGCAUCACUAAAACACAAAAGUUCUGUUCAUUGUGCUACUGUCAUCAAACAAGAGCCAGUUGAGGCCGACCCACUUGCAUCCCCAAAGCAAGAGAUGGAGUACGUAUCUGUUAAGGAAGAAACUCCAGAGUGGGAGGUGCCGGAUGGCCACAAUAGUAUGCAGGAUCCACUAAGCAUUGUUAAAGAGGAAUGUUCAGAAGAUUUUCUCGGCCCUAGCACUCACAGUAUUGUGGAGGAGGAGGAGGAGGAGGAGGACGACGACGACGAUGAGAAAGACGAGGAUGCAGUGUGUGAGGAUGACUUUGAGGAGCUGAAACAUGAAGUAGAGUCAAGUGGCAGUGAACCAGAAAGUGCUAUUCCUGUUGGUGUGGAGGACGACAAGACUGACAGUGAUGGCAGAAGUUUGACUGCCUGCAUUCCGCCGGCUUCAGGAACAGACAACAGGAUACAGUGUACCAACAGUCAGGAAGCAUUCAAUGGGAAUAAAAUUGGUAUAAGACAUUUGGGGCACAGAUGUUGCAUCUGCAAAACAACGUUUGCACAAUUGCAGGAACUGAAGGAGCACACACACUUGAACCGAUGUGAGCUUCAGCAUUCGUGCAGCGUGUGUCACAAGAUAUUCACAAACAGUACUGAUUUGAAGGGGCACUUCAGAGUGCACACUGGUGCACACCAAUACAGCUGUGGCGUUUGCAACAAGACAUUUGCACAACGUUGUACCCUGAAGCAGCAUUCGCGGUUGCACACUGGCGAACGCCCAUACAACUGUAAGUUUUGCAGCAAGACAUUCAUACGAAAUACAGGUCUGAAGCAGCAUUUGCGGGUGCACACUGGCGAACGGCCCUACAACUGUGGCGUUUGCAACAAGACAUUCACACAAAGUUAUACACUGACGCAGCAUUUACGGUUGCACACUGGCGAGCGUCCCUACAGCUGUAGGGUCUGCAAAAAGACAUUCACACGAAGUAGUACACUGAAAGAGCAUUCGCUGUUGCACACACUGGCGAACAUACCUACAGAUGUGGCGUCAUUCAUCUCCAAAAAUAGUCUGAAGAAGCAUUCGCGGCUGCACACUGGUCGUACAUCUGAGGUGUUGGUAACAAGACAUUUGGACGAAGUGGGGAACUGAAGCAGCCCAUCUGCACUUUACCAGUAUCCUUCGCAAUUUUCUGUUCCCUCUUCUAGCGGUGUGCUGCAGUGCUUUGGCACAUGGUUUUCAUUACAUGAUAGAAUUGCAGAUUUGUGUAUGCAACGACUGAAAACAAUAAUUACCUGACUUUGGGUUUUUCCAUUUUCUUUCUUUUUGCUCUGGUGGAAAAAUUUGCUGUCAGAUUAUCUGACAUUUGACCAUCAUUUCCAUCAAAAAUCGCAGUAGCAUUUAUUGGGUGCAAGAUGACAUUAUCAUUGCAAUUAAUUUGUUACUGAAAUUGUGCAUGAUGUUAAAAAAUAAGAGCGAUGGUGGCAUUUUGUAGAAAUCUUGUGCUUUUUAUUUUAGGUGAUAAGGUAUUGAGUAUUAAAAAAAGUUAGGAAUCUGUGCUACUGCACAUUUUGCUGAAAAAGAUUUCAUUGUUUAUCAGUAUGAUUGAUUCCCCUUUAAUUUCCACAGUGAUAAACUACUGGUGCAUAUUUGUUUUGACUGUUCUGUAAUAUUAAACAUUACAUGCAUUUUAUACUCAUACAGGCUAAUAUCUUAGUAAGAUAUAAACAAAGGAGUCACUAUGUGUACACAUGCAUACAUGCACAAAUGCGCUUACUCAUAUGUGAGUGUGUGUGUCAGUGUGUGAGCGCUCAAAGAUUACCAUUAAAACUCAUUUCUGUUAACAUCACCAUCUAUUACUAUGUAA